AUGGCGACCAAACUCACAACCUUAGAACACGCCGAUGUUGGCAAGCUGACCGGAAUCCAGGCCCCUGCACACCCAGAAGUAGAGCAGUAUCUCGGAAUCCAAUAUGCAAAAUUGGCAAAUCGUUUCGCGAGAGGCACACUGGUUGAGACAUUCCUUGGUCCCAUCGAGGCGACAUCAGUAGGACGUCUUCCCAUUGCCAAUCCCAACAACUGUGACAGCGAACAUCGAUUGUUCCAGCACACUCUGCCCCAUCCAGAGUAUGAGUUUAGCGAGACCGAGUGUCUGACCCUGAACGUAUCCUUACCCUCUUCGAGGACCACAAAUCAAACCUUGCCCGUGGUUGUCUUUGUCCAUGGAGGGGGUUUCGUCACGGGGAGUGCGAGCUGGCCCCAGUACGAUCUUGCUGCACUGGUUGCGCACAGCGUGAAGAUCGGAAAACCUACCAUCGCAGUUGGCAUCAACUAUCGGCUCGGCAUCUUUGGCUUCUUGACCUCUUCAGCCCUGAGAGAGGCCGGUUAUCAGCCCAACAACGGGCUGGACGACCAAAAGCUCGGGUUUCGCUGGGUCCAGAAACACAUCUCUGGCUUUGGUGGGGACCCAACGAGGGUGACUUAUCUAGGGAGCAGUGCUGGCGGCGCGGCUGGUUUUCACCACCUACAGGCCAACGAGCCACUCUUCAGCCAGCUGGUGGCAUUAGGCGGCAGCCCUCUAAUCCAGCCGAUCCCAAUCAACGUGGCUGAGAUCGCAUACGGAAUUGCGAUAGGCGCCCUGGGCCUCGACAAGCUACCACCAGCGGAGCAAGUCCAAGCCCUCCUCGACAUCCCAGCCCAGGACCUACGCAAGAAAUUGGACGGCGCAGGGUUCCCACUGACCGCCGUUGUCGACGAACACUCCAUCAAGGUGACACCCACCCUGACAGGCCUUGCCGACACGGACGCCCUGAAGUCUCUGUUUCCGGGAGUCGGGUGGUGCAAGUCCAUCAUGAUGGGAGAUGCCCAGCUCGACGGCAUGAUUAUCGGAAUCACGGCGCUGGCACAUCGCACCGACAAUCUGGCCACGCUGCCGAUCCUCCACUUCAUCAACGAUAUCGUGUUUGCUCAGGGUGCCAAGGCAACUGCACAGGCCUGGGCCAGAGCCGGGCCACGACUGGGCACCAAGUCCUUCUUGACUCACUUCAACAUGCCCAACCCUUGGGCUGGCCCUUGGCAAGGGCAUGCCUCCCAUGCUCUGGAUGCAGCGAUCGUGCUGGGUAACUUCAACGAGUAUCUCAGUGAUGGGCAGAGGGCUUGCGCUGAGAAGAUGGCCAGUGACUUGCUCACUUUCGUGAACGGUCAGGAUCCCUUCCCGCCAUACUCCGGCGGAGAAGGCGGGGCAUCGAUGGUCUAUUAUGCUGAGGUCGACAGCAAGGAGGAUGCGUCUCGUGUUGUUGAAAACUCGAGUGAAUCCGGUAGGCGCACAGUCCUGGAGGACAUAGCUGGCGGCCAGACCGAAGUGUUGGACAAACUGCUGGGCGCCUUUGGGUUAUUGCUGCAGGGCCCGAAGAGAUAA